AUGGCAGAGAAGCGAUUAUUUAAGGAAUAUAACCAACUCAAGAAGACCCCGGCGCACGAAGCAAAUCCUCAGAUUGUGUCGCUAUUACCUGUUGACAUGUCUAAUAUUCUUGAAUGGGAGGCAGUUGUGAGUAAACCAGGCAAAAGUGAAAGUAGAUACUAUUAUAACGGGAAAUGGAGGCUUAAUAUUGCGGUGCCUACCACCUACCCACUUACACCACCAAAAAUUGAGUUUGAUAGGUCUACACCAAUAUGUCAUCCCAAUAUUAACAUAGAUACGGGAGAGAUUUGUCUUGAUAUAUUGAAACAAGAGAACUGGUCACCAGCAUGGAACUUGCAAUACUUGGUGGUGGCAAUAUUGAUGCUUAUUGAUGAUCCAGAGCCGGAUUCGCCGUUAAACAUUGAUCUGGCAAACUUAUUCAGACAUGACAAGACUGCCUUUGAGAGCGUGGUGCAGUAUUACAUGUGGAAAUUUGGUACAUUUCUAACGUCAGAUAGGGGAGAAAAAGACAUUACGGGAGUUAAGGAAGACGGCGACGAAAUUGUAGAGAAAAACUUGGAUAUUGAGUCGAUGGAGGUUUCAAAUGAUGCCAGCAAGGCAAUCCAUGAAAUAAAGAACCAAGCGCAAGAAAUUGUCAACGAGACCAAUUCGAUAUUAGAGAGUUCCUCUACAAAUGAUGCAAAUCAUACUUUUUCUUACAGACUUUCAAGACCAGUAGUGCCUACGGACACUCAGAACGAAAUUAAGUCGAAAUUGGAUUUAAAGCUCAGUAAGAUUGAUGACUUGAAGGACAAAUUAAAUAUACCAGAAUCAUCUGCCUCAACAGGAACCAAGCAUGUACCAAACUACAAAGUCAUCCAUGAUGUGGGAGAGGAAGUUACAAAACAGUUUAUUGCAAAGGUAGACGAAAUCGGCCAUUCAUCUAGCUCAUCUCAGGGAUCGAUAGAAGAGACUCAUGCAGAUAAUGACUUACAGGGAGUGAAACAGAAAGUGACUGCAAAUGUUACCAAACAAGUGGAGAUAUUGUGUCUGAAAUCGGCGUCGCCUGAUACAACGGAAUUUCAUGAGAGCAUAAAGGACCAGAAUUACAACUCUAGUAAUGGUGAGUUGGAAAGAGUAAGACAAAACUUCAUGAAGCAAGUAGACGAUAAAAUCAAGAAGCACGAGGAGUAUAUCAGAAAACUGCAAUCUAGCUCGCCCAACCAAGUAAACCCAUUAGAUGAGAAUCAAGUGAAGCAAGCAUCAAAGGAGCCAGCUAUAUCUAAUGGCAAGCCAAAAAGUCCACUCGUUGAAACCUACAGUCAAAAAAGACACACAAUACCCGAACCGGAAGGUGGCGACGUUGAUAGUUAUGAUAUGAACAAACCAUCGCAAACAAUAAGAGUCCCAUUAACCCAGCAACCAGAACCUGAAAACUUGCGUACUGAAAUCCCACCAAAUCGCACGCAGAGUUCAUCUGCUGGACUGGCCACUCCUAAGUCUAUCAUAAGUCAGGAAUUGGACGCUGGUCUGGAUAUUUCUUUACAAAGAACUGACUCAGGGUCAUCGAGAUCGUCGUUCUCUAAUUUAAAGAAGUCCCUCUCAAGAAAAAACUCGAAGUCAAAGACCAGUUUGCAGGACGAGCCCGAAAUUUCAAAAAGAAAGAGGUUCCUGAAUUUGCUUAAAUCGAAGCCUGGCGAAAAAUAG